AUGGCUCUUUCUAAGCUCUUUUUCAUCCUCAACAUCGCGAUUUUCGUCUCCUCCGUCUUCUCAUACCAGUUCGAAGUUGGAGGCGAUGAAGGCUGGAUUACACCUUCCUCUGCCAACUUCACUACUGACAUUGAUGAACCUUACAAUGUCUGGGCUUCUCAUAACAGAUUCCGCAUUGGCGAUACACUUCAUUUCAGGUACGAGAAUGACUCUGUCCUGGUGGUCGGCUACGAGGACUACAAAAACUGCACUACCACGAACGCCAUCUCAGAAUUCGACAAUGGAGACACUGUUUUUAAAUUCAAACGCUCUGGAUUUUUUUACUUCAUCAGUGGCCAGCCUGAUCACUGCACAUCAGGCCAGAAAAUGAUCAUCCGUGUCAUGCAUCCGUCCGAGUACACGCCUCCUCAUAUGCAGCCUCAAUCACCCGAAUCCGCGCCAUCGCCUGGCACGCGUGCAUUGGGACCGUCCGGUGAUUCUUACAGCUCUAGCACCAGGGUUUCUGCAGUUGCAGCUUUUGUUGUAGCUGCUCUAGCUGCUCCUCUGGUCAUCAUCUAUUUAUUUAUCUAG